UCUCCCAACUACUCGCCCACUAGCCCCAAGGGCUCCACCUACAGCCCGACGUCCCCCUGAUACGGCUCCACCUCCCCCACCUACAGCCCGACGUCCCCCUGAUACGGCCCCACCUCCCCCACUGCCUCACCCAGCCCUGCCAUCAGGCCUGACGACAGCGAUGAGGAGAACAGUUUUUCAACUUUAACUUAAACUUUUCUUCGAGUCGUUUACUUUUGUCUAUGUAUAGUUAAAGGUGCACUAUGAGUUCCUGCAUGGUUUCAGCGCAAUUUCAUUUUUGUCUCAAAUCGUUGACAUCUCUCCUUGAUAAAAAGUUGCCUGCCCCCUGAACUUUGAAAAAGCCCAGUCUAUGGACACAACACAGGGUUCGUAAACGUCAGACAAACACUAGGGGCACAGGCUGUGCACCAAUAUAUAACAAACCACGUUCCGGCCAAUCACCGACAAGAUGGUUGGGGGUGUGGGUGGGGGUUAGUGUGCGUCGAGUUGAUUGAGUAGUGUAAAAUAUUGUAUAAAGACCUAGAAUAUAAUUUUACUCACUGGCUCAGCCAUCUUAGCGUUAGCGUAGCACAAAUCCACUUUCCAUUUCCAUGCGCGUUCAUGACAGUUACGGAAACGUGGGGGGAGGGGCAAGCUUGCUCUGUUUUGUUUGGUAUUUACUUGGAACGUCAACAGAAGUGAUGUCAUGCAGGAACUCAUAGUGCGCCUUUAAGUAAUGAUUAUUCUAUUUUUUAUAUAUUAUGUGCUUGAAUAAGAUAUAUAAUUUACACUGGCAAUGUACUUGUACUGUCAAUCUCUUGCACUAUGAUACCACUGCACCUUUCUGCAUUUUAUUCCACACCCUUCCACAUGAUACAAUCUAACUUUACUGUAAUGGCACACUAUUGAUCUUCCUUUGGAUUUUUGUAGUAUGUAUGUGUGCGUGGAUGUCAUACAGUAUGUCUGUGUGCCUAUAUGUAUGUGACAUGGUGACAUCAUGGCGACUUCCUGUCCCAUCUGAGGAAGUCGGACAGCAUUUCUAACCAGCAUGCAUCGCGUUCAAUCUAGUCUGGGUCUCUCUCUCUCUCUCUCUCUACUAGUGUUUACACUCUUUAUUUUUUGUUUUUUGUCUUCUUUGUGGGUCUCCCUGCAUAUUUUGAAUGAAAUGUUUUACACCAUGCCAUGACCUACCCAGCUAAAUAAUACUAUCAUAUUAUCAAGGUAAGAGCCACAGUAAUUAUAACUAUAUAGUUUGGAGCCCCACUGCUUAACAUAAGUGCAGACAGCAGGGCCAGGGUGGUGGGGUCCCACAGCCACCAGAAGGACAGAUCAACAAGAAUCUGUUGCAGCUGCACCAUCUGUUGAUAAGAGUACCAUGUUGAACCAGUCUCGAAGACAUCAACAACUCUUCCCAAGGUCUCAAGGUUGGCAGUGGCACCUCGGAAUGUGCGACGAGUCAUCACGACCAGUAAAUUUCCACACCAGAGACACAGGGCUGCUUUCUGCCCUGCUAUGAUAUAUAAGAUAAGACUAGAGAGCACAUUGUUGGUCAGCUUAGCUUUUUUAUUCUUCCCUUGCCAGCUUGAAACGGAGAACUCCUUUUUUUGUGUGCUAAUAAAACUGGAUCGGUGAUAGAUUGGGCAAAGAAAGUCCACUCUAGACUGUUUUUAUCCUGUUCUUCAUUGCAUUUUUAUCCUUUUCCUGAUCUUCUGCCUCACUGCUACAUCGCUGCUGAAGUUUGCUCAGGAGUAACCUGCCCAUACUGAUACUGUUAAGAUACCAAGAUGUGGAAACUCUAGGGGAAACAGAUCCAGAGAUAAACGGGAACGCCGCGGGGGGAGACAACAAGGGAGAAACGCAGGACCCGUGGAAACAGUCUCCAUUGCAACCAACCACCACACUCAGUUACCACAAUCAUUAUCCCCACCCAAAGGACUUCUCCGCCUGGCCCCCGCUGUCCAGAGGCCCUGCUUUCCCACAGGUGAUUUACAUUUAUUCAUUUAGCAGACACUGUUAUCCAAAGUGACUUGCCUAAUUCAUAAUGCAUAAUAGAAUAUUAUGUCAACUAUAUUACAAGGGAUUACAUUGCAAGUUGCUGUCCCCUGAGCAACAUCUUGCUCAAGGGCACUACGGUAUUGAACCCACAACUUUUCAGGCUACUGCAAUCUAGCCAGGCUCCUUAACCACUACACUACAACCCAGCCCCCAACCCGGACCGGCUGUCUAUGGAGGGCAUAUAUGGGCUGAUGAAUGGCCUCCUGACUACUAAAAUAUGAAAGGUCGUCUUUGUCUGGAGCCAGACAAAUCUUGACACAUGAAUUUCUGCAGCUACAUGACUGUUGAUAAGAGAAUACCGCUUUAAACCAGUUCAGACACCCAAAAGCAUUGUCAUGUGAUCAAGGUCACUGCUGUGUGUGUGUGUUGUUGAUUAUCAGGUGUGUGGUGCCUCUGUGUCUUAGCCCUACCCCUUGGAGGCAUAUAUAUAUGACCAGUAUAACUAUUGUGUAUUGAGAAGCAGAAACCUUUUUUGUAUAUUAAUGAAGCUGGAUGAUUGGUGAAGAUCGAGCAAAGAAAGUCCAAUCUAUUUAGAUUUUUGUUGUGUUCCUGAUUGCAUUUAUAUUUUUCCUCUUUUGUGUAUCAUCAUUAUAUCAAUGCUGAAGUCUGCUAUAGUGUAACCUGCCCAUACCCAGAAGCAAUGGCAAGAAACUCAGGAGGUGUUGAACUCUUCUGCGCUGGCAGCAAUCUCAGUGGUGUGAUCCAUGCCAACGUCAGCGGUCCAAGAGUCUGCAGUUCAGACCAAGAGGAUAACAUCAGGGAGGACUUCAGGGGAAACUGUGUCAACGUCACAGGGCUCGGUGGCUGGACAACAGACACCAGAUUCGCUACGCAAGGAAACUGGCCAAGACAUAAACAAACAAUGCCGUACUUCGACAGCUGGUCACCUGCUGAUGGAAAUCCCACUGAAUUCCCAGCCCCACUGAAGACGGAGGAAACUUUACUCUACAAAGAGUAUAACCAACAACAGAUUGAAGUGGAUAUCGUCAGUUAUCCCAGUAUCAUGGCAUCCAGCAGGAAGCAAUGCAGAAGGAGGAGUGGGAACAGCAAGAGCAGAAAACGAUACUUGGCUGAGUUACAACCCGUGACCGUACCUCAACAAGUCUCUCAAGUGGUAUUCAUUUCAGAAGAUGAGCAUCUGAAGCACCACCUUUUGAAAAUGCUGGUAACUGACCUGCUGCCCUUUAGCAAGGUGAAAGACGUGGGCUUUCGAGCCUACUGCCGGGCCCUCAACCCGACCUUUGACCCGCCUUCCUCCGCCCUGUGGGUGCGCACAGAGCUCCAGAGCGUGUACGAGCACAUCAAGGCUGAGGUGCGUAACAUGCUGCAGUCGGUCCCAGAGGUGGCUCUGACCGCUGAGAUGUGGACGCACACCUCUGAGGGCGUCUACUUGACGGUCAGCUGCCACUUCAUCGAUCGCUACUGGAAGCGCCGGAACUGCCUGCUGGAGACGGUGGCGCUAGAUUCGGAAAGGGAUGCGUCCCGCGUGGCCGAGCAGCUUCUGAAGACGUCCAGCGACUGGGGCAUCGCCGACAAGGUCAAGGUGGUCGUGUCCAACAUGAUUUGCAAAGGCAGCAUGACGGAAAGUUGCGAGGCCAAAGGCUGGGCGCACGUCCGCUGCUUCGUGUGCAAUCUGGACAUCGUGUUCCGCGAGGCGCUCGCCAAGCUUGACGAGCCGUUGUGGCGCGUGCCACAGCUCCUGCGCAAGUGUCGUGCCAUCGUGCGCUUCUUCCAGCAGGAGCGCGAUGCCCAGCGGCAGCUCCGUGCCAACCAGGAGAAGCUGAAUCUCAGCCCAUUGCGGCUCGUCCAGGCCGCCGCGGAGGACACAUGGCUGGACGUGGGUACCAUGCUCCAGCGGUUGUCCGAGCAGCGAGCUGCCAUCAACCUGGUGCUCCUGCAGCAUGUCAAGGAGGACCUCUGGCUGAACGAUCGCGAUGUGGAAAAAAUCAAUUCUGUACUAGCUGCCCUGCAGCCCCUCAGGGACACAGCAAAGGAGAUGGUGAGCGACGGGUACGAGUCACUCUCCAACAUCAUCCCGCUCGUCGACAACCUGCAGAAGUCGAUGGCCCGGCUGUCCGAGGAUGGCAAUCAGGUGGCCAAGGCGCUGGCAGACGUCUGCUUGAGGCGCUUCAGCCAUGCGGGGGACCACCGCUGGAUGGCCUUGAGCACUGCGAUGGACCCGCGCUUCAAGAACAUCAUGCUCUUCAGCAGCAGGGCGCAGACGAUCGAACAGAAACUCCAAGCGGAGCUGAAAGCUCUGUGCCCGAGUAAAGACGCCAGUCCAUUGGGCUUUGGGACAGACGAAGUGGACGCGAUACUGAAGAAGUACAAGAGCACCAACACGAUGGUCAGAGAUCAGAACCCGCUGGACUUUUGGAGACUGCCCAGGGGGUUUAAGAAGCUAAGCCACAUCGCACAAAAAUAUCUUACAGUCGUGUCGACGGCCGUCCCUCUACAGAGGGCCUUCAACCCAGAAAUUUCCAGAAGGGUGCACCACAGCAGGUGUCACCUGGAGCCUGAGAACGUGAACUUGAUGAUGUUCCUGAAUGGACACUGGUCCAUCGAGAGCAGUAACUCACCAGAGUCAGAAUAAAUUUUGUUUUCAUA